GGUGUGUUUGUGAUCUUCCGCAUCAGAACUCGCUACAGCUUCGUCUCUGCGAGCUCUGACAUCCACAUCUUCAAGCUGGCAGCCGAGAAAAAGAGGAAAUGAUCCGUGUUCUCUCGGGCUGAGGAGGCAGAGCCGCCGGGGACGAACCAGGUAAAAUGAGAGACCGACUGAGCGACCUGCAGUUCUACAUCUUGGAGCCUGCAGAGGAGGGUCGCGACCCCGAGGGGAACCAGGGCCCCGAGGACGAGGGCCCCCUGCAGCAGUAUGCCGUGGUGUUUGAGGGCGAGGACGAGAUGGACGGGAUCUACAAGGAGGCCCAGGUGAUGAGGAAGGAGAUGCUGCUGCUCAAGAUGGACGUGAAGCGCCUGGGGAAGCAGAACACCCGGUUCCUCACGUCCGUCCGGAGGAUCAGCAGCAUCAAGCGGGACUCCAACGCGCUGGGCCGGGACAUCAAGGCCCGGGGCGAGGCCAUCUACGCCCGGCUGGAGAAGCUGGGGAAGCUGAGCAAGGAAAUGGAGGAGGAUCACGGCGCCACGUCGGCGGCGGCCCGCAUGGUGCGCUCCCAGUUCGUGUCUCUCACCAGCGCCUUCCACCAGGCCAUGUCGGAGUACAACGAGGCGGAAAUGGCCCAGAGGGAGAACUGCAAGACCCGCAUCCAGCGGCAGGCGGAGAUCAUGGGCAGGGAGGUGAGCCGGGAGCAGAUCGAGGAGAUGAUCGAGACCGGGAAGUGGAACGUCUUCUCGGACAACGUCCUGCUGGAGGGGAGGACGGCCAAGUCCGCCCUCAACGAGAUCGAGAACCGGCACAAGGAGCUUCUGGAGCUGGAGGGCCGGAUCCGGGACAUCCACGAGCUCUUCUUCCAGAUGGCUCUGCUGGUGGAGCAGCAGGGCUGCAUGCUGGACAACAUCCAGGCCAACGUGGGCGCCACCCAGGACUACGUGGCCAAGGCCGCCGUGCAGAUCAAGAGGGCCGUCGUCUACAAGAAAAGCAACCCGUGCAAGAAGCUGUUCUGCUGCUGCUUCCCUUGCUGCAGAUAAGACACAAGUCCACGUUUCAAACUCCGGCAUUUUCUUCCUGAUUCUGGUUCACGUAUUUCAAACCACGUACUCGUAUGCAAAUGCCUGCAGGGAGAAACCGUUGCUUCAUUUCCUUAUUGUUACCCUAAAUGAACAACCCUUUAAAGCUACUAUUUAAUGCCAUUGCUGCCCUGUUUUCAGCUUUGUAAGAUUUGCUACGAUAAAUGCUCUAUUUAAGUCAGUAAAGUGUGAUUUUUUUUUUUUUUUUUUCUUUUGAAUGAACUACCUUUAGAGUGGUUUCUUUGGACAAUGUGAAUGUAAGCAGUACUGGAGAUGAGGGGGGAUGAGGGGGAUGGCACCCCCCCCUGAAAUAAAAAUGGUCAAAAUCAUCCCCCCUGUAAAACUGCCAUCCCCCCUUUCCAUCCCUUAUGUCAUUUCAUCAAUGAAUGUGGUUUUACUGCUAUUUCAACAUUUAGAGUCAUCACCAGAAAAAUAACACCAGAAAAAUAACUUAUU